GCGAGGCGGGGGCCGCUCCCCUCCGCCCCCCGCCCGCCGCUCUCCGGUACCGGCGGGCGGAGCGGGGCCGGCCGGGCUCGGUGCCGGCCCUCCUCGCCCAUCGGCCGGCCCCGCGGCCAGGCUCCACCUUCCGAGGGGGCCGCCGAGCUGUCAGGCGGCAGCACCGGAGCCGCCGCCGCCGCCACCGGAGAACCCCCCACACACACACACCCGGGGCUCCGGAGCCGCCCCCCCGCCGCCGUCCUGCCGAUGGCCCCGCUCGCCCGCCGCAGCCUCGCCUCCACGGAGGAGGCUGCAGGACGGGCGGCGCUCCAGCAGCAACUGCUCUGAAGCCCUUUGAUCUGCUGCCCACGGGACCGGAGCCCACCGUGAUGCUGAUGUGAGCCUGGGCAGCUCCUGGUGUGGUUGUGGGUGGCCGUGGGGCGGCCCCACUGUGCCCCACAAUGAGCGACGGGGGCUGGAUCUCGCUCAGCCCGGCCGAGUUCGCCCAGCUCCAGCAGUACACCGACUACUCCACCAAGAAGCUGAAGGAUGUCCUGGAGGAGUUCCACGGGGACGGCGUCCUCUCGAGGUACAACCCCGAACAGCCCAUCGACUACGAGGGUUUUCGGCUCUUCAUGAAGACCUACCUGGAGGUGGAGGUGCCCGAGGAGCUUUGCCAGCACCUCUUCACGUCCUUCAAGCGGAAGAUCUGCCAGGCUUCCCCCGAGGCCCAGCGCCAGAGCCCCGGCGUCCCCCAGCUCGGUGCACUCGGGAUCAACGGGAAAACGCUGCUGAGUGCCCUCGGGCGCCACACGGCUGAGCCCAAGGGCUGCCACAGCGGCACGGCCGAGCCACCGCCGGCGUCCCUGAGCCCGGCAUCCAUCGCCAACGCCUCGCCCAGCUGGUCCCGGUCAUCCUCCCAGAAGUCCACCACGGGCACCCCCUCUGCUCACAACUCCUCAGGGUCUUCAAAGGUCUCCUCGGGUUCCCUGCUCAGCCCGCAGUCACCAGGCUCAAGGAGCUCGGAGAAGAGGCUGCCCUUCAGCCUCCGGAAAAGCCACAGUGCCCUGAAAGCUGCCCCCACGCACCCCCCGGCCUCCCUGGCUCAGGUGGUCUACUUGAAGGACAUCGUCUGCUACCUGUCCCUGCUGGAGAGGGGACGGGCAGAGGACAAGCUGGAAUUUAUGUUUCGCCUCUAUGACACCGAUGGGAAUGGCAUCCUGGACAGCUCGGAGCUGGAUCGUAUCAUCAACCAGAUGGUGCACGUGGCCGAGUAUCUGGAGUGGGACUCCACCGAGCUGAAGCCCAUCCUGAAGGAAAUGAUGGAGGAGAUCGACUACGACCACGACGGGAACGUGACGCUGGAGGAGUGGAUCCGGGGCGGCAUGACCACCAUCCCCUUGCUGGUCCUGCUGGGCAUGGAGACGAACGUGAGGGACGACGGGCAGCACGCCUGGAGGCUGAAGCACUUCAAGAAGCCUGCCUACUGCAACUUCUGCCGCACCAUGCUGCUGGGCGUCCGCAAGCAGGGCCUCUGCUGCUCCUUCUGCAAAUACACCGUCCACGAGAGGUGCGUGUCCAAAGAGAUCGCCUCCUGCAUCAGCACCUACGCCAAGUCCAAGAGAAACACCAAUGUGAUGCAGCACACCUGGAUCGAGGGCAAUUCCCCCGUCAAGUGUGACCGGUGCCACAAGAGCAUCAAGUGCUACCAGGGCAUCACCGGCCUGCACUGCGUCUGGUGCCAAGUCACUCUCCACAACAAAUGCGCCUCUCACGUGAAGCCGGAGUGCGACGGGGGCCCGCUGCGGGACCACAUCCUGCUGCCUUCCUACAUCUGCCCGGCGGUCCUGGAGCGGCAGUCCCACUGCCGGAGGUCUGAGAGCGAUUCCCCCGCCGGCACCAGCCCUGAGGACAGCCAGAGCUUCAAGUUCAACGCCACCACGGCGGAUGGGCAAGGUCUGCAGAUCAGCCCCAGGCCCGGGACGCACCCCCUGCUGGUGUUUGUGAACCCCAAGAGCGGAGGAAGGCAAGGGGAGCGGGUCCUCCGAAAGUUUCACUACCUGCUCAACCCGCGGCAGGUGUACAACCUGGACCGUGGCGGCCCCACUCCCGGGCUGAGCUUUUUCCGGGACACUCCGGAUUUCCGCAUCCUGGCCUGCGGAGGGGAUGGCACCGUGGGCUGGAUCCUGGACUGCAUAGACAAGGCGAACCUGCUGAAGCACCCGCCGGUGGCUGUGCUGCCCCUGGGGACAGGCAAUGACCUGGCCAGGUGCCUGCGCUGGGGAGGAGGCUACGAAGGAGGCAGCCUGAUGAAGGUCUUGAAGGACAUCGAGCACAGCACCGAGGUGAUGCUCGACCGCUGGCAGAUAGACGUGAUUCCCAGCGACAAGGAGGCCAACGGAGACCCCGUCCCGUACAGCAUCAUCAACAACUACUUCUCUAUUGGGGUGGAUGCCUCCAUUGCCCACCGCUUCCAUGUGAUGCGAGAAAAGCACCCUGAGAAAUUCAACAGCAGGAUGAAGAACAAGCUGUGGUACUUCGAGUUCGGCACGUCAGAAACUUUCGCUGCCACCUGCAAGAAGCUCCACGACUAUGUCGAGGUGGAGUGUGACGGGACCCUGCUGGACCUGAGCACCACUUCUUUGGAGGGCAUCGCUGUCCUCAACAUCCCGAGCAUGUACGGCGGCUCCAACCUCUGGGGCGAGACCAAGAAGCAGCGCGGCUACAACCGGGUGAGCAAGAAGGCGCCGGAGAAGCUGCACGCCACGGUGGUCACUGAUGCCAAGGAGCUCAAGUUCUGUGCACAGGACCUCAGCGACCACCUGCUGGAGGUGGUGGGGCUGGAGGGCGCGAUGGAGAUGGGGCAGAUCUACACGGGGCUGAAGAGCGCAGGAAGGAGGCUGGCCCAGUGCUCGUCUGUCACCAUCAGGACCUCCAAGCUGCUGCCCAUGCAGGUGGACGGCGAGCCCUGGAUGCAGCCCCCCUGCACUGUCAAAAUUACACAUAAAAGCCAAGUGCCGAUGCUGCUGGGCCCUCCCCAGAAGAGCAGCUUCUUUUUCCUGAAGAGGAGAAACCGAACUCGAGAUUAACCCGUGUGCAAGGAGCUGCAGUCCAGAGGCACCCGGAUGGCCCAGGGCUGGCAACCUUCAUCUCCGCGCCUCUCCUGACCCCUCUCUCUGCUUUGGAAACGCCGCCUUGGAAAGCAGACCCAGGCUGCGAGGGGCAGGAGGGGCUCCCACUCACUCCCAGCCCCCACGCCGCGGUGGGGGGACGAAGCCACCCCAGCCCUGUGGGGAUGCUUUGCCCUGGGAGGGGCUCAGCAGCUCCUUCCCAGCCACCACGGGCGUUUUCUGCAGCCGGGAGCGAAGCGAUGGGCACAGGCAGGCGGGCGUGCAAGGAGCACGUUGGCUGGAGCAGCGCUAGGACUGUUUUUUUUUCUUUUUUUCCCUUAAUUUAAAUAACUGCCCCCUUCCUCCCGCAGAGCUGCAAACGAACGUGCUCCUGAGGAAAAAAGCCAAGCUUCACUUAUUUAUUUGUAACCCUCCCGAAGGACACUUGGUGUUUUGCUGCACUGGCUUUCUGUCCACCAGACCUGCGCAUCCGAGAAGUUAUUUAUUUUCGUAGCCCAGGGGAGAUGGCAUCCUGACCCCUGCUUCCCUCGCUGCCACCAGAGCAGGCUUUCCAUGCCUUCGGCUAGCUUUUUCUGGGCUGUUUUGAAGCAGAUGCAAAUGCAGUGUUCGCUCUCAGCCCUGGAAGCUGCUUCAGAGAGCACAGCCUGUGGGGCAGGUUGUGCAGGGAUAGACCUUGUUUGGGACCUGGGAUGAGCCCAGGGCAGAGAAAAGGAGCGGGCGCUGGGGUGUGGGAAUGGCCAGGAAGGACCCCCUGGGGAGCUGCCAGCCCCCAGCAAACCCCAGCUCCGGGUUGGACUUUGCGUCUGGGUUUGUAUUUAUGUAUUUAUUUAACAUGCUUGGGGUGGGGGGAGGCUCCAGGGGUCGCUUCCCUUUUACGAGGUGAGGUUGGACACAAAUGCCACCCCUUUUCUUGUUGACCAUCCUGCCAGUGCUGCAUAUGUGGCACCUCCUGCCUCUUUUGGGGUGGCUCGAUGGGGAGCCCCAAACCUCCCAGCCCGUGCAGGGGGCUGGGGACAGGUGCUCGGCAGCUCCUCGCCCUGGGAAGUGUCCCCUUUUUGCACGUCCCCAGCUGCUUUGCCAGGACAGUGCACUCCCAGAGGGGACCAACGCUGGGUCCAAUGCUUGGACACUGCUGGGUCACUGCGAGGAGCAGCGGGAGCAGCCGGCCAUCGGUUUUGUCACAACCACGCCAAAGCCAAGGACGCAGACCUGAGACCCAGCUCUUCUCCCAGGACACAACAGGGACGGAGCAGCGGACACGGUCACGGAGGAUGCCGUGGUCUGGGUGCAUUCCCUGGCUCACAGCAGCAGGACCAAAGCCCAGCAAGGCUUGCUGCCUCUCCUGCAGGCACCAGCUGCCCUGCACAGUGGAACGUGGCUCCCAAAUCAGCCUCCCCUCCCCAGCAGCUCCCCCGUGCCCAGUGGGGUGCCCUGCUCUGCUGCCAUCGUUACGUUUCAGAGUUAACAGCGAGCUGAAAGGGAGUCGUUCGUCAUCCUCCUUGGGUACAGACACGGUGGCUGCAGGUCCUGUGCAAGGCCCUGGGUAGGAAGCGAUGUCCAAGGGCAGCGGCCAGCGCACACGAGCGUGUCCCCCGCAGCUUGUAAAUGUGCCCCCCCCUCUCCCCUUUGCCAGGGCGGCCGUUAAUGAGUAGCCAGGUGGCGGUGUGCGGGAUGCGCGCCAAAAUAAACCCCAGUUCUCAUGAAA